UACGGAAGUUCCUCCAGGAAUUCCUACGGAAGUUCCUCCAGGAAUUCCUACGGAAGUUCCUCCAGGAAUUCCUACGGAAGUUCCUCCAGGAAUUCCUACGGAAGUUCCUCCAGGAAUUCCUCAGGGAAUUCCUACGGAAGUUCCUCCAGGAAUUCCUACGGAAGUUCCUCCAGGAAUUCCUACGGAAGUUCCUCCAGGAAUUCCUACGGAAGUUCCUCCAGGAAUUCCUACGGAAGUUCCUCCAGGAAUUCCUACGGAAGUUCCUCCAGGAAUCCCUACGGAAGUUCCUCCAGGAAUUCCUACGGAAGUUCCUCCAGGAAUUCCUACGGAAGUUCCUCCAGGAAUUCCUACGGAAGUUCCUCCAGGAAUUCCUACGGAAGUUCCUCCAAGAAUUCCUACGGAAGUUCCUCCAGGAAUUCCUACGGAAGUUCCUCCAGGAAUUCCUACGGAAGUUCCUCCAGGAAUUCCUACGGAAGUUCCUCCAGGAAUUCCUACGGAAGC